AUGACCCCCCUCGCACCCGUGCCACGGCCUCCUCCUCGCCUCAACGCCGCGGUGCCGACGCCGUCGCCGAUGCUGCCUCGCCGGACGACCCCGACCUCGUCGCCGUCGUCCGUCUACCUCAGGCCCUCCCCGAGCACGCGAUUGCACAACGACAGGCUCGAUGUGAGCCUCUUCCCCUCCCCUCUUGCGCCUUGGUCGCGCUCGCCGCGACCCACGUCCACCUAUGCGCGCGCCCGCACCCACUCGCCGCUGCUCGCUACGACCACCGCAGUGCGCGCAUACGCCCACUGCUCCCGCAGCCACUGCCGCCGCCCGCUUGGCCUCGCCCUCGCCGCAGCCACGCAUGGCUGUGCCCCACCGCAUGCCCCUGCUCCCCUCGCCCCGUUCGCCGUCCACGCCGUGCUCGCGCCGUCCGCCGUCCCGCUCUGCCCCUGUCCCUUGCCCUGGCCGGCGCCCUCCUCCGCCCCAGCCGGCGACAGGGACCAGUCGGGCUGCGAGCCCCGUCGCCACGGUGGCCUCACCCCGCUGCGCCGCACGGAGACCCCCGCGCCCUGCCUAGCUCGCCGUGGCCACCGGCCUCUCCCUGCUCCGGCGCCCUGCGGGGUCUGCCCGCCCGCUCGGGCUGCGCCCCACGCCCAUGCCCGCUAA